GUGGGAGCUGAGGCGAGGGCAGUGUCUUGUAAGAACCAGCCCGUGACGGGGAGAGAGGGAGGGGUCAGAGUGUCCCGCUCAGUCACAAGUCGCCUGUAAUUAGCCUGCCCCUUUCUUGUGGCGAGCAGUUAACCACGGGCUGCCUCCGAGUCACCGGACACAGCCUAGCUGCCGGGCGCACAGACACUUGCAGAGGGCGGCGCGUCUUAACCGGGUCCGAGAGACAGAGGGAUCGGGAGAGAGAGCAGAGAGAGAGGGAGAGGGCUGCGGAGCACUGGGAGAGAGGACCGCAGGACUGAGAAGGAAGAAGAGGUUCGCUUCACUCCUCUCCAUCACUACUUGUCGCACAGUCUUUAUCAGGACCACACACACAAAAAAGUUAGCAGUUUGAUAGCGGGGCGGCGUUAACUGUGCGUGCGUAAGGACCGCGGCAGCAGUCCGUGACCACCUGCGCUUGGAUACCUGCAGGUACCGACAGGUGUCCCGGCGCCGCCAGGAGGGAGACCAGAGAGCGGAGGCCAGAUCCCGCACACCGCCGGGUGACCGGUCCCGGGAGUCCCAGCCGGGAAGGAGGGAGCGCACAGCAGUGAAAAAAAAAAAACAGAAGAGGAAGACUCCCCCCCGAGCGGAGGAAGAAGACCCGGCCCCUCAUCGAGCGAGAGAGAGAGAGCGAGUGCGCUUUAAAGUCCAGCCCUGAGCAUGAUGUCCUACAUAAAGCAACCCCAUUACGCCGUGAACGGGUUAACACUGUCCGCGCCGGGCAUGGACCUGCUACAUUCCGCUGUCGGGUACCCGACGACGCCGCGGAAGCAGCGCCGGGAGCGGACCACGUUCACCCGUGCCCAGCUGGACAUCCUGGAGGCGCUGUUCGCCAAGACGCGCUACCCCGACAUCUUCAUGAGGGAGGAGGUGGCCCUGAAGAUCAACCUGCCNNUGUCCGCCUCUCAGGUCUGGUUUAAGAACCGCCGUGCCAAGUGCCGCCAGCAGCAGCAGCAGAGCAGCGGGCAAACAAAGCCCCGCCCUCCGAAGAAGAAGGCGUCGCCGGCACGAGAGCCCAGCGCGGAGCCCAGCGCCAACGGGCAGUACAGCCCCACCCCCCCAACUGCGGGCGCGGCCAUCACGCCCAGCUCCAGCGCCAGCGCCACCGUCUCCAUCUGGAGCCCGGCUUCCAUCUCGCCGCUGCCCGACCCGCUGUCGGCCUCCACCACGCCCUGCAUGCAGCGCUCCUCCUCCACCUACCCCAUGACCUACACGCAGGCCCCGGCCUACACCCAGAGCUACGCCGGCUCCUCCUCCUACUUCACUGGCCUGGACUGCGGCUCCUACCUGUCGCCCAUGCACCCGCAGCUCUCGGCCACCGGGGGCGCCCUCAGCCCCAUCGCCGCCCCCUCCAUGGGCGCCCACCUGAGCCAGUCGCCAGCCUCGCUGUCCUCGCAGGGCUACGGCGCCGCCUCGCUGGGCUUCGGCUCGGUCGACUGCCUUGACUACAAGGACCAGACCGCCUCCUGGAAACUCAACUUCAACGCGGCGGACUGCCUGGACUACAAGGACCAGAACUCCUGGAAGUUCCAGGUCUUGUAGGGGGCGGAGCGGACAGCGGGGCAGGAGCGGGAGGCGGAGGCGGGGAGGAGAAGCCAAGGGGCGUCGAAGGUUGGCGCCACAAAGCAACGACACAGCGAAACCGAUUAGGAAACUCAGAGUCUCGUCACUGUGACGUCCGAGCAAGACGGGACAGUGCAAGAGCAAGAUCACACAAAUGAACCAGUAACAGAAAAGAAAGAACUAACCGGAACCAAUAGGUUUUUUGCUGAAGUUUGAUAAUAAAAAUACUUAUUUAUUGACCCACAAAAAUGACAGUGUCUGAAAUUCAAAAUUUCUCAGUGGGUGGGGGGAAUUGAUUUACUUGUUAGCCAACCAGGGCAAUUUGAUAUUUCAAAGAGUAACCAUCCAUACGCGUGUGUAUAUAUGUAUAUACAGUAUAUAUGUGCAUACACACGGAAAGUGCUACGAUGACCUUAAAAAUUCUUGUACCGCUAACUAAUCAGCACAGAGGGUCAUAUUUGGGAAGGGAGAAUCGUUCCUAAAUAUAUUUUAAUAUAUUUCUUAUUUAAGAUUUCUCCCAACUGGACUAGGAGGUUGUUAAAUGCAAUUAGAACAGCAAAAAAAUAUAUAUUUGAAGAGACCACAGUGGGGCUGUGCCUCGGGGGGUAAGAGAACUACUGUACGUCUGAAGGGUUUUUGCUCAGAAAAAUGAGAAAGAAAAGACUAACAACAGCAUACCGCAGAAACGGCCACACAGGCGGAGACGUGUGCUGUGUGUCAGAGCCGCGCAGAUGUAACUGCGAUCCUUUACAUUCACGUGAUUGACUUGGUCUCUCCGAUUACUUGGAAAGAAGAGAAAGGAAGAGACAGAGCACUGGACGCGCUGUCAGGAAUUAGACCAUGCUGCUUUAGGGACAGCAUGGCACACAGACUGACAGCCAAGGGUCAACAACAAGAGCCAAACUCGCUUUUUGCCAUGUGUUUGAAUGCUGGGCAGCAGGAACUCAGAGGCUACCAAAAGCACACAGGCAGCCUGGCUGCACACCACCACGGCAUUGUGGGAUAGGCACCUGUGAAGCAAAGCAUCUAGGGAUAUGUGCCCUUUUCCAUGGAGAAUGCAAUGGCUCCUAUGGAUAGAGAGAGGAGCCUGAAAUAAAAGUAUUUUCUUUUUAGAUAUUAACUUAUUUAUGUUACUUUAAAAUGUGAGUCUUUCAGAGUAAACUUGUGGUAAUUUGUUUUAAGUUAAUAUUAUUAUUACAAACGCAAUUAUCCUCAUUAUUAUUAUUACUAUUAACAUCAUGAUUACUGAUACUACAUUUGUAAAUAUUUAACAUUACUUGAAAAUGCAAUAACGUUUGAUCUUAACAGUACUAUGUGCGGACAGAAAGUGCAGAACUGAACGCUUUUUUGUUAAAGAAAUUUCAACGAGACCGCCAUUUUGUUUCUGUUAUCUGUUUGUAAUAUUGUUUUUGAUUGCUGUUUUUCAAACUCAGGGGUUAAAGUAUUAAUUAUAGCGACUGUAGGGAAAUACUGUGAGCAAUUGAUUCCACCUCAGUGAGUCCUUCAUCUGCUGU